CUUCCUUUCAAACGUGCUAAUAUAUACAAGUUCACGCUGCUUGCUAAGCUUGCCCAUGGAGCAGCGUUGAUCCCAAGGGCAGACGCUGAUACCUGGACGUACUUGGGAUGUUACACCGAUCAGGUGGGAGCAAGAACCCUUGGCCAGGUCGGGUACACUCUUGGUGGUCCUGGAAACAUGACCGUUGCCAACUGUCAAAAUGGAUGCGCGUCUCAGGGAUACUCGCUUGCUGGAGUUGAGUACAGCAGCGAAUGCUGGUGUGAUAAUCAGCUACGGAACGGCGGCGGCCCUGCACCUGAUGGAGAGGCAAUGUGCUCAAUGCCUUGCAAUGGCAACCCUGAGCAGAAAUGCGGAGGGCCAGGAAGGCUAAACCUUUAUCAAAAUACUGCCAUCAAGCCAACAGACACCAUGACAACCUCAGUUACCUCGACAGAGACCGGGUCACCGACGACUACAUCAGUCCCCGAGCCGACUCAGGGGCUGCCGGACGGCUGGCAGUAUUCUGGCUGCUACCAGGACAAUGUCAACGGAGGGCGUGUCAUGUUCAAGAUGUUACCUGAUAGCUCAACCCUCACGAUUGAAUCCUGUAUUGCCAUGUGUGUUAAGCUGGGCUAUACUGUUGCAGGAGCUGAAUACUCCAAACAAUGUUUCUGUGACAAUUAUCUUCGGAACGCUGCUCCGCAGGCAAUAGAGUCUGAGUGCUCCAUGACCUGCAGCGGCAAUACACAGCAGAAGUGCGGUGGCCCUAGCCGAUUGAGUGUUUAUUCAAAGGGUAACCUGACCGUUCUCCCUAUCCCUGUGCCGCAGACCGGAGGCUUACCAGGUGGUUGGAAGUAUCAAGGAUGCCUCCAGGAUAAUGUCAACAUGAAGAGGACUUUCCCAUACCAAAUUGUUGACAAGACGAACAACACUGCUACAAACUGUCUCAGUCGUUGCUCCAAGUUUGGAUUUGGAGCAGAGACUGGCUCUGUAACUAACCAGCAAUACCUAGUCUGUGGAGAUUUCGAGGAUAUUGCGGCUGCUGGAGCCAAACUUGUACCUGAGGCCAUGUGUAGCCAGACUUGCUCUGGUAAUGCAACUGCUAUAUGCGGUGCUGGCAACUUGAUCACAUACUACCGGUGGAUGGAUGAAUCCCUGCAAAAAUGGAACCGCCCAACUGGAAUCAAUGCCGGCCGCUACGACUUCUUGAUCGGCGGAGUGCUUGUUCCGCUUAUUACCACUGUUGGUAUUAAUGGCAAGAUCACUUUCCAGGAAAAAUCUGGAACUGGAGACCCAAACACCACUGGAGCAUAUGAAUUUGACCCUUAUUAUGAGAAAGAUUUCAGCAAGGCGUGGCGGGAAAUGCAUGUUAAGACCGACAUCUUCUGUGCUGGAGGACUUGUUCUCCCAGACAAGGUCGGUAGACAGCUGACGGUUGGUGGCUGGUCUGGCAUAUCAACUGAGGGUGUCCGGCUCUACUGGCCUGAUGGCUCUCCCGGGAAGCCUGGAGUAAAUGACUGGCAUGAAAGUCCAGAUGACUUGAGAUUGCAGAACGGAAGAUGGUACCCCACUGCAAUGACAAUGUCGAACGGCUCUAUCCUGGUUGUUGGGGGCGAGGAAGGAUCAAAUGGUGCACCUGUACCCACUCUAGAGAUUCUUCCCCGAGUUGGCCCAGUCUUGUUCAUGGACUGGUUGAAGAGGACUGACCCAAACAACCUUUAUCCUUAUCUUACACCACUUCCUGGCGGUAACAUCCUAGCUGCUUACUACAAUGAGGCAAGAAUCUUGGAUGAACGGACAUUUGACACUGUUAAAACCCUGCCAAACAUCCCAGGAGCUGUCAAUAAUGACGCCGGAGGCCGUACGUAUCCUCUAGAGGGUACGAUGGUACUUUUACCCCAGAAAGCUCCUUAUACCGAACCCCUUGGUGUCUUGAUUUGCGGUGGCUCUACGCCUUAUGGAGGCGAUGCUUUAGAUAAUUGUGUUUCUAUUCAGCCAGAAGUACCUAACGCCGAAUGGGUGAUAGAACGAAUGCCUUCCAAACGGGUUCUCACCUGUAUGGCAGGCCUUCCUGACGGGACGUUCCUGAUUCUGAAUGGAGCAAGGAAGGGUGUUGCUGGCUUCGGCCUCGCUGAAGACCCCAAUCUCGGGGCUGUUUUAUAUGACCCUUCAAAGCCGGUCAACCAGCGUAUGAGCAUCAUGGCAAACACCACUAUUGCCCGCAUGUACCAUUCAGAGGCAAUUCUGAUGGCAGACGGCCGUGUCUUGGUUAGCGGCUCAGACCCGCAGGACCCUCGAUUCCCCCAGGAACGCCGAGUUGAGGUUUUCCUCCCCCCUUACAUCCUGUCAGGAGCCCGCCGCCCAACAUUUACCAUUGCCAACAAGGACUGGGCCUAUGGAGGGAAAUACAAGAUAAAGAUCACAUCCGGCAACCAAUCAAGAAUUAAGAUAUCCUUAAUGGGCAUGGUUUCGAGCACCCAUGGAAACAGCUUUGGCUCCCGAACUAUCUUUCCUGCCUUCUCUUGCUCUUUCGGUACCUGCACCAUCACAGCACCACCGGAUAGCCACACAUGCCCUCCGGGAUGGUUCAUGCUAUUCGUACUUGAUGGUCCAACUCCUUCCAUUGCCUCCUUCUUGCUAGAAUGGAAGAUACUAACUGCUACAUUUGCUAUCACCACCAAUACCAAAUGCUUUGAUAUAAAUAUUGAGAAAUAA